CGAGACGUGAGAUGUUGGCUUUGGUGUAUUUCUUGAAGUAUUUUCGACCAUAUUUACUCGGAAAACCUUUCCUUGUGCGGACUGACCAUCAAUCUCUGCAAUGGUUACAAAACUUCCGUGACCCGGAGGGACAAGUCGUGCGGUGGCAAGAAACCCUUCAAAAGUAUGAUUUUACCUGUGAGUACCGGCCGUGAGCACGGCAUGCCAACGCAGAUGCCCUUUCUAGAAUUUCCGCUCCGGACGAAAUAAAUGCAGUCCUACACCACUCGGAAACUGAUACAACGUGGUCAGAUGAUCAAGCCCAGGACCCAUAUAUAUCUAACAUUUAUAUGCGGCAAGUGGAAGGAUCGUCUAAACCAUCGGGUACGGAAAUGCAAUCCCGUUCGAAAGAAGAACGCUCACUAUGGGACCACUGGAGCCGAUUAAGGAUCAUUGGUGGGACGCUGUUCCUUAUGGAUGACCUGGGCCCGAAAGUGAUUACUCCUAUAUCGAGAGUGCCGGGCGUACUACAAGCAGUCCAUCAGCAGUUAGGUCACGCUGGCCAACUAAAGACGGAGACAGCUAUACGUCAACGGUACUGGUGGUUAGGAAUACACACCGACGUCGUGAAGCUAUGUAACGCCAGCGAGAUCUGCGCCGCUAUCACAUCGAAGACACCCCUAUCCCGGGCCCCGUUGGAACCGAUAGUGGCCACGUCCCCAGGUCAGCGAGUCGGAGUCGAUCUAAUGGGGCCUCUGCCAGUCACAAGGAACGGGAACCGCCACCUUGUUCUUAUAGAUUAUUUUACGAAAUGGUGGGAGGCCAUACCUAUCAAAAAUCCGGAUGCGGCAACGGUUGCGUCAGCCAUCGUAAAUGUGUGGAUUGCCCGCUAUGGAGCACCGCUGUCACUGCAUUCAGAUCAAGGCGCCGUCUUCGAGUCACCUGCUUCAGGAAGUGUCGGCUGCUCUCGGUGAGGAAGACACGUACCACAUGGUAUCAUCCACAAGGGAAUAGAUUAGUAGAGCGCACCAA